AAGAGACGAAGAAGACGAAGCGGAAACCGGAAGUGUUGAGCGGGGCACGCGGGUGAGAGCCGCAGUGACUCAGCACAGCUUUGCUAGAAACACACACAACAGACAGCGGGUGGCAUGGCGCAGGACGAGGCCGCGGGGCACGGAGAGCAUCUCUCAGCCGAGGACUACGCCGCCGAGGCCAUGGCCGCCGACAUGGACCCCUGGAUCGUCUUCGACGCCCGCAAAACGCCCCGAGCCGAGUUCAGCAGCUGGCUGGAGUCCAACCGGCCCUCGCAGGUCAGCCGCUGUGGGGCCGGGGGGCCGGUGGGCUGGAUCGCGGUGCGUGGGCCGCAGUACUGUGCGGACGCCGGAGACGUGGAGGGGCUGCAGGACAGCUGGGAGACGCUGCAGGAGAGCGGGCGCAGUGUCAGCUUCCACACCAUCAGAGAGCUGGCGCUCAAUCACAGCGUGCUCUACGGCAAGUGGCUGAUGCACCUGGACACGGGCUUCAAGGUGGACCGCGCCUGGGAGAGCAUCGCCAGAGCCGCGCUCGACGGUAAGAUCGACUCGGCCAAAGUGAGUCCCAGAGACCCGCGCUCCGACUCCAGACACGUCAUCUGCGUCUACAACCAGAACUUCACCGACGAGGAGCAGGUGAUGCAUCUGGACGCCGUCAUCCGCACCGCCGGCGUCAAGUGCGUCCUCUACUACAAGCCCGACGUCUACUCGUACCUGGGCAUCUACCGCAACAACCGCUGGAAGAUCUGCCCCACCAUCUACGAGAGCAUGUUCGACCUGGAGAGCGUUCCUCGCCGCUCGCACAUCAUCAACAAGGUCACCAGCCAGGAGCUCACGUGAAGCUCCUCCGGUCCCUGCCUGAACGCCUGUUUGUUUUCCUUUUCGUUCGUAACUGCACUUUUGGAGGACAUUUGACUUGUAGAAACGUUCUGUUGUGAAACUGCAUGCCGACGUGUGAGCAUACAGCCGAAAUGUUGAAGUGCUUUGAGAUUUGUGUUAUUCUUUUAAAACAUCUUUUAUAUUCAACAAGGUUGGUUUUGUUCAUUUUGCCAAAUAAAUCUGGGACUUUUCAAACGGUGAUUCUCUGUGCAAUAAAGCAGUUAUUCGCCUUCAUUAUAGCUCAGAUAAUAAAGGGUUAGUGCAGUUCAUUUGUGCACAACGCAGAUCCUCCUCAAAUCGUGUCAGGACAGGAGAUUUGCACUGCAGUCCGUGAUGAAAACUCAGAAAUAUGAGGAAAUAAAUCAGAAU